CACAUAAAGGCAUUGCGUUGUAGACACCGUUAUACCCGCAACAUUCUUAUACUAUUUGCUUCUAUAUCUUCAGUUUUUAAUCCUUUGAUUUCGCAAUACGUUCGUAUACAUCCAAAACAAUAAUUACAUAUAUAAUAAUAUACGUUUAUUCUUGCUUUCUCCCUGACCACGUGUUCAACCGUGUGUGUCUGUGUGUGGUUCACGCACAAACGACCUCGAAGUUAAACAACAACAAUAACAACAACAAGAAUCAUCAGGAACUACAGAAAAAAAAAAAAGUUCUUCCACGUGUGUCUUAAUCAGAGAUCUUAUGAUUUCGUUCGUCCCUGUUCUUCACCCUUCCUCGAUCCUUUUCUCUUACCUUUCAACCCUUCGAAGAUCUCCGGGUUCAUGCGUUUUUCUCGACUCGUUAAAAAAUAAAGGGAAAGAUUAAAUUUAAUAAUUUCGGUGGGAAAAAGUCAACGAAUCGACGUCUGGAAGAUUGAAAGAAGAGGAAACACAAGAGAGACGAGAAAGGGAGAGGUAGAAAGAAAGAAAGAAAGAUAGAGAGAGAGAGUAAAUAGUGUCAGACGGUUGGAGUGACAGAGAGACACUAUAGGGUGUGUUCCGUCGAUAUUCUUCGUCGUUUUUUCUUUUAAUUCUUAUUUAAUUGUUUUUCGUCUUUCCUGUCGUUCAGCCGGAAAUCAAGUGUCGCGGAAACGAGUCGUUCGAUCGAUGAAAAGAAACUGUACCUCGUCGUACGAGAAAGUGCAAGAACUUGAUUUUUAGUGUUGUUCGGUAAAAUAAUAAAUUAAAAAGGAAACGAAACACGCACACGUUGUUUAAAGAGAAAUUAAAUGAACGAGUCAUCGGAAUGAAAUAAUUCAAAGAAAUGAGAAAUCUAGAGAUACAUAGAUAACGUAAAUAACAAACAGAGAGAGAUAAUCUAUAUAUUAAAUAUAAUAAUAAAUGAUCGUAACGCAAAAAGAUUAAAAAAAAAUUAACCCAGACCGUCGUUUCGUUCUACGCCCAGAUAUCGGCAUCCUCCAACCACUGAUUUUCAUCGUUAACCGAUUUCGUACGUAGUUAGAAAGGACCCGGUAAAAGAGUGCAAUGAUGGCGAACGGAAUGGACACAGUUGUGCAACAAAACGGUGGAUCCAACCUCGGACAGGCGUCGCAGGAAGAGUCCAAGACAAAUCUCAUUGUAAAUUAUCUGCCCCAGAGCAUGACCCAGGAUGAGAUUCGUUCACUCUUCUCGAGCAUAGGCGAGGUGGAGAGCUGCAAGUUGAUCCGUGAUAAACUCACUGGCCAGAGUUUGGGUUACGGAUUCGUAAACUACCACCGGUCUGAGGAUGCCGAGAAGGCGAUAAACACGCUCAAUGGUCUUCGUCUGCAGAACAAAACGAUCAAGGUAUCGUACGCGAGACCGAGCAGCGAGGCGAUCAAAGGUGCAAACCUGUACGUGAGUGGUUUGCCGAAGAACAUGACGCAACAGGACCUGGAGAAUCUCUUCAGCCCGUACGGCAGAAUCAUCACGUCUCGGAUACUUUGCGACAACAUCACUGUACGACAGUUUGUGACCGGCGGCGGAGACUAUUUGCCCGGAUUGUCGAAGGGGGUCGGUUUCAUAAGGUUCGACCAACGUGUCGAGGCCGAGAGGGCGAUCCAAGAAUUAAACGGUACCAUUCCGAAGGGCUCGUCCGAGCCGAUCACCGUCAAGUUUGCCAACAAUCCAAGCAACAACAACAAGGCGAUACCGCCGUUGGCCGCCUAUCUUGCUCCGCAGGCGACCCGACGAUUUGGCGGCCCAAUCCACCAUCCGACCGGCCGCUUCAGGUACAUUCCACUGUCGCCACUAUCCAGCACUGGCAAGGCCGUGCUUGCCAUUAACAAAGGCUUACAGAGGUACAGUCCGUUGGCAGGCGAUCUCUUGGCGAACUCGAUGCUGCCUGGGAACGCGAUGAACGGGUCUGGUUGGUGCAUCUUCGUUUACAAUCUCGCCCCGGAGACCGAGGAGAACGUGCUGUGGCAGUUAUUCGGUCCAUUCGGCGCCGUCCAAUCUGUCAAAGUGAUCCGCGACCUGCAGACGAACAAGUGCAAAGGCUUUGGUUUCGUGACGAUGACCAACUACGACGAGGCGGUUGUCGCAAUCCAGAGCUUGAACGGUUACACGCUCGGUAACCGGGUCCUUCAAGUGAGCUUCAAGACGAACAAGAGCAAAGCGGCGUAGGACGACA